AUGGCAGUUGCUGGCGCUCCUCUGGAGAUGAAGACUUCACUUAAAGAUGAGGAAAUCAAAGAUGAGGAAACUGGUGAGGCUGAGGACGUUGUGCUGGAUCCCAAGAAAGAACGCAAACUCCUCGCCAAGUUAGAUGCAGCCUUUGUCCCAAUUAUCAUGUUAACCUACUUGUCCUGCUUCCUCGACAGAUCCAAUAUCGGUAACGUCAAGGUUGCACACAUGCCCGAGGAUAUCAACGCCUCGGAGAGUCAGUUCUCAACCGCCGUGUCAAUCUUCUACGUGACAUAUGUCAUUUUCGAGGCACCAUGGGCAGUCUUGAUGAAAAAGCUGACCCCGCGAAACAUCCUGACAUGUCUCUGCAUCGUCUGGUCGUUGACCACGAUCUUUACGGGCUUCAUUGAAAACGUGGGCUCCCUCUAUGCAACACGACUCAUCUUAGGCGCCUGUGAGGCGGGCUUGUUUCCCUGUCUGAAUCUCUACUUGACCAUGGUCUAUCGUCGCGAGGAACAAGCAAAGCGUGUGUCCUAUUUGAUGAGCUGUGCAGCAAUCUCGGGGGCCGUGGGCGGUCUUCUGGCCUACGGACUCCUGCAUAUGGAUGGAAUCGGAGGCAAGGCCGGGUGGAGAUGGGUCUACAUCAUUGAAGGCUUGUUCAGCGCCCUUUGUGCCAUCCUCAUCUGGUUUGGUCUGCCAAACAACCCCGCCGAGGCCUAUUUCCUCAACGAAGAGGAGAGAUGGAUGAUGAGGGUGCGCAAUGAGCAGCGUCGCAAAUACAUGGGCAGUGACAAGUUCAGCUGGGAGGAGAUGCGCAUUGCACUGAGUGAUCCGAAAUUGUUCUUCAGUGGAGUGAUUCAAUUCUGUCAAGACAUUCUGCUCUACGGGUUCAGCACAUUCUUGCCCACCAUCCUGGGUGGCAUGGGCUAUGACUCGCUGAUGAGCAAUGUCUUGACAGUGCCCGUCUACAUCUGGGCUGCACUGAUCUUCAUUGCCAUUGCCUUCUGCUCCGAUCGCUACUCCAAAUUCGCAUCGUAUAUCUUUGCGGCAAACAUCUUCGGCAUCAUCGGAUAUAUCCUGCUCCUCACGGUCAAAAACACAGCGGUGCUCUACUUCGCUACCUUCCUCAUCGGCAUUACUACCUACACCUCCGUCGGGCUCAAUGUCGCCUGGUUAAAUGUCAACAUCGCCCCUCAAUAUCGCCGUGCUUUGGAGAUCGGUUUACAGCAGACGAUGGGAAACUGUGCGGGUAUUGUUGCAGGGCAGGUUUAUCGAACUUCCCCUUAUUACCUGGGCAAUGGAUUCUCAUUGGGGUCCCUAGUGGUGGCUCAGAUCACUGUGGCUGCGUUUGGCUUCUACUUGCGCCGCGAGAACAGGGUCAAAGAGCAGAUUGCCAGCGGCGAGAUAGAAGAUUCUCGGCGCAUCCGCACUGGUGACGCUGAAGUGGAGUUCAAAUACAUCUAUUAA